UCCAAAAAUCACAAUCAUAUACAGCAGAAUGGCAUCCCUUCUCCGCCGACAAUGCCUCAGGGCACCCGCCUCCAUCAGAUCCGUCCGCUUCAACUCCUCCGGCGGUAAGGUUACCGGCGACACCACUCUCAACCAGGUCCAACAAACCACCGACGCUCCUCAAACACCCACCGAUCCGACCCUAACCACCGAAGCAUUGACGGCCGAUGUCUUCUCCGGUGCUCCCGAAGAGCUCCACGCCCGUACAGUCCGGAUCUACCAGCCCUCUCGGAAUGUCAUGCAGUCCGGUAAGGGCCGCGCCGGAGGAUGGAAGUUGGACUGGGAGAUCCUCGACAAGGGUAACAGAUACGAACACACGCCAUUGAUGGGCUGGGCUGCGUCUGCAGAUUACAUGCAGGGUACGCACUUGAAGUUCAAGACUAAGGAGGAUGCUAUGCACUUCGCGGAGAAGCAGGGAUGGGAUUACUAUGUUCAGGAGCCCAGGCAGGCGGUGUUCAGGCCGAAGGCGUAUGCGAACCAGUUCACAUACUCUUACGGCAAGCUGAAGUACGUUCACACCAAAUAAACGACGAUGCAAAUAUGGCAGGCGG